AUGGGGUUCCUCAAGAAGUUAUUGCCGUUCGCUCUCGCGGGCGCGUCCCUUCAGGGGCUCGCUGUCGGCGUUGACUUUCCUCAAGACGAUAUCAAUUCGGGAAAAGCUUUACAGCAGCUAGGCCAAACAGCCAUGGAAAAUGCUCUAGCUCGGCUCGAAGGCAGUUCGUCAACAUGUACGAAGGAGAAUGUUAGGAGACGCAAAGAAUGGAGAAAUAUCCCGGGAGAAGAACGAAAGGCAUAUGUUAAGGCCGUAGAGUGCCUGAUGGAACUACCAAAGGUGUACGAGAACGUGACUGGUCCAAAGUCGAUGUUUGAUAGCUUUGGAGUACUUCACUAUAAGAUGACGCCGUACGUCCACAACUCGGCAUACUUCCUUCUCUUUCAUAGACUUUACGUCUGGACUUUCGAGGAGAAACUAAGGACCAUGUGCGGCUACACCGGUGCAUUCCCGUACUGGGAGUGGGGCCUCGACGCCGGCAGCGUUGAAAAAUCGCCACUCUUUGACGGCUCCGAGACGUCUUUGGGAUCGAACGGGGCUAAGAUCAAUACGACCAACCCGGGUUUCUUCCCGGGCGGUUCGGGCGGCGGUUGCGUGACCAAUGGGCCGUUUGUUAACUACACGGUCAACUUCGGUCCUAACACUGCCAAAGACCCGCUGGCAUAUAAUCCGCGGUGUCUGAAGCGAGAUCUAAACACCCAGAUCUGUGCCCAGUGGGCUUCCCUCCAAAACACCACCGAGACGAUUCUCGAAAGCCCCGACAUCGCCCUGUUCCAGGCCAACCUACAGGGUGAUUUCCGCUGGCCCGAGGCUCGCAAGUGGGGAUUCGCCGUUCACGGUGGUGGUCACUUCGCCAUCGCUGGUGACCCGGGCGGGGACUUCUACUUCUCGCCCUUAGAGCCUGGCUUCUAUCAGCACCACGGGCAGAUCGACCGCAUGUACUUCAUCUGGCAGAACCUCGAUUGGGAGAACCGACAGACCAUGGCUGGAACUAUCACUAUGAUGAACAUGCCGGAGAGUCGCAACGGAACGCUAGACGACGUGCUUGACAUCAGCCCGGUUGGCGGAUCUUUCAAGUACGGCGAACUGCUCGACACCGUAGGGGCUUCGCCUUUCUGCUUCGUGUAUGAGUGA